AUGGAGGAUCUACGUGGAGCAAGCGUCCAAACGCCUGCACUCGGUGGAGACUUUCCAGGGCCAUCAAGGGAAAUACAGCAGCACGAAGCAAAUUUAGAGAGGCAACUCAGAGAGAUGCGGCAACGCGAAGAAAACUUACAAAGGCAGCUGAGGGAUACUCAGCAACGUGAAGAAAACUUACAAAGGCAGCUGAGGGCGACACAGCAACGCGAAGAAAACUCGCAAAGGCAGUUGAGGGAGACACAGCAACGCGAAGGAAACUCACAAAGGCAGCUGAGGGAGAUGCAGCAACGUGAAGAAAAUUUGCAAAGACAGCUGAGAGAAAAAGACCAGGAAGUAAAUGAACUAGAGUUAAGUCUUUCCUUAGCUCGGCAAACAAUAAGUGAACAGCAACAACAGGAAACAUGCGAUUGGGUCAUUUCCCGUGAUGAAAUUCAAAUGACCAAUAAAUGCCUUGGCAGAGGAGGCUGGGGAAGUGUUUAUGAAGGCGUGUAUUGUGGCUGUACUGUAGCAGUAAAGCAAAUUCAUGAUCUGAUUCUCUCCCCUCAUAACAUACGUCUUUUUGAGAGAGAAAUGAAUAUUGCAUCCAAAUGUCGCCAUCCUCACUUGCUUCAGUUUAUCGGCGCCACUAACGAUGAAGGAAACCCUCUGUUUGUGACCGAGCUGAUGGAGAAAAGUCUGCGAGCUCUGUUAGAACAGCGACAACUCGCCGAAAUAGAAGUAUGCGUAAUUUCUGUGGAUGUAGCCCGAGCAAUUAACUACCUUCAUCAGAAGAAACCAGAACCAAUCAUUCACCGGGAUGUGAGCAGUGCUAAUGUGUUGCUAUGGCGACAGGGUGACCAAUGGAGAGGCAAAGUGUCAGAUUAUGGCACUGCUAAUUUCAUGCAGCAGACCAUGACAGUAGCUCCUGGAGCUAUGAUUUACAGCGCACCUGAAGCACUUACAUCAAACCAAACAGUCAAGGUUAGUUUUAGCGAAUUUAGAAUUUUUCUAUUCAGCACUGGUUCAUCAUCCCCUUCAGACUUCAAAGAGACGCAUUGAUGCAGUUAUCUUGAGCGCGUAGCUACUUUAAGGCCAGGUUGUUCGUUACUCACACGAAAGAAACCCUACCCCACACCUAGGCAUGUAAUUAGAAGCAGAAAAAUAAUGUUGAACCCGAAUGCCCCUGUGCAGUGUGGAAUGGCAAUAUCCCUUGCUGCUUGUACUGCUUAAGCCCCGGUCAAUCGGUGGUAGCGGUGAUUUCUUAAACCAUUACCAGUUGAACUCAAAUGUUUAUGGCUCCAUUAUUAUGGUCGCUUUCAGGUGUUUAUGCCACGAGAAAACAAACUCAAGCUACAAGCGUCUGUUGUGAUUUAAAUGUUUCCCAUUAGUUCUUCAGUUAAUCAUACUGGCGACUACGCAAAUAAAACUGAUAGAGUCGAACCGCCUCAUUGAGAGAGAGAGUGACGUCCCCGCUUAGGAAGCUGACCAUUAUAAUAUAUUCUCAGUGGGGCCAUCCAGAAAUAAUGUCAGUAAUGCUUUAAGCAAUAGAAAACGUUUCCGUGUUUGCAUAGCCCGAUAUAAACACGAGAGGGGUUGGGAGAAUUCGAGACAGUUAUGCAAACCCGAGACGAACUCGAGGGUUCCUGUCGAGAAUAGCCUGAGUAUCAGGCGUUUCUGGGGGAAAAGGGGAAAGAUGGAAACGAAAAAGGGAGGGAGCUGAAGGAGAGAAACGCCUGACACAGAUGCUUUUACUGGAACCUUCCACCCCCACACAGCAUGAUUCGAUACUAUCCAAUCAAAAUCACAUCCGGUCAUUGAGUUGUCAGCUUCACGUGUCAAAACGCUCGCCUAAAAUAAAUCUCACCAUACGGUCUGGCCGAGCUCUGGUGUCUGUGUUGCGACGAUUUCGCUUUUUCUGAAACCUCCAAUGAGGAGUUUUCGAAUACUUGUAAUGGAAAAUUUGCCGUUUUUGAACAUGUUUUGUAACAUGUUUUAGGAAUUGUGCUAAUGUAAGACCGCCAACGCUCUGUUUGUAAAUAAACGUGUGGCCCGAAAACUGUAAACUGCUUUUGUUUACAGAGUUACAACAGCGGCGCUCAUUAAUAAGCAGGUUCCCGAGAAUCUGGCAGCUAAUGAGCUGCUGUAGAUCAGGCCGAAAAUCGUCCGAGAGAAAAUCUAAAGUCAAGCUAAAGCCUUGGUGCUGUCGGGUAUUCUCAAUACAUGGCUACCUCGCUCUAAUUUUAUUUACAGUAACAAUACCCUUUUAGCGGCAGGAUGUUGUAAAUCAAAACUUAGAUAUCUGAAGCACUGAUAUCGUCUUCUUUGUCCUGGUCUUGUGAAACCAAUACUCGGACAUAGUUUCGGCAGAAGCUGGUAUAUGAGGCUUUUCCAUACUCCGAGAACAUCUUUCCUUUAACUACGAGGCUUUGAAAACAUAAUUCUUUCUCGGGUUUUAUUUUUAUUCCCGGAAAGAACUUGAGAGCGCCCUCUAGAGUCUCUUUGAAUUCCUCUCUGCGUCUCUAUCCAUAAAAUUACCACAUGAAAUCAUAACACUCUGCUCGUGUUUACUUGCGGUCGGUGACGUCAGGGCGUAUUGUGUGUUAUCCAAUCACUGCCACAUCCAGAAUCUGGAUGUGUCACACGAUGUGCUGAAUGGUUUUGUGUCAGGCCUUCCUUUCUCUUCUCCCCCCUCCCCCCUCCCCCAUCAAAAAUCUCCUCUCCCCCAUCCCCUUAGGAAGGCCUGAUACUCAGGCUAUGUCGAGAAUUCUCCCAACCCCUCUAGUGUUAAUAUCAGGCUAUGCAAACGCAGGAAAAAAGUUUUCUAUUGCUUUUAUAAUAUAACUUUCCCGAGGAAAACGCAAAACUCUUUGUUAUGGCACUGAUUAAAAGAGAAAUUCUUACCAGUCGCAAAGUCUUGUGCACGAAGCCUUGCACGCGUAAUCAGUUCUUGUUUUGCAAAAAGAUGCCAUUCAAAGUACGGAUUUUUCUCGCUUAAACUGUCAGCUUAAGCGAAAAAAAAUUGACACACCCGGCCUUCUUUGUAACGUUUUUCCAAGUUUCAGCCGACGGAGGAAUGGGUAAAUAAAGGAAACUUGUCGAGUUUUGAACUCGAAAACGUUUUCAAAUUCACGCUUGCGUGAUUAGCGCGCGAAAAGCAAAACAUUUUGAAGCCACGACCAUGUUUACGGUAUUUAGUAUUGUAUACCCUAAAGAAGGCAGCAUUGCCGAAACGUCAGUUAAGAUUCUUAUGAUAACAGCGUCAGUUUUACAAUUUUUAAAUUUACAUGGUUACAUACUCAUGCAAACACUCCUCUCGGCCAAUCAGAGCGCGCGUACUAUCUUUACAGGCUCAGUUCGAGGCGGUAGGGGAGGGUAGCUCCUUCUCGAUAGCGACAAUCACUGACAAAAGUUUCUGUACAUUUGUCUUAACGUGCGCUUUUAUGAACAAUUUCUUGAAGUAAACCAUACAACUUAAAAUUCCAAUUCCCCUGGGUAUUACAUUCAUCCCAAGAGAAAUCGAAGACAAUGGUUAUGCAAAAUUCUGUGAGGUAAACAUGGUGUAUUAUGGUCUCGGUGGAAAGAGUGAAUCAGGAGGGGAGCGCUUAUUAACUUUCCUCCCUACAGGCCGGGCGAGGCUGGGCGCUUAAUUGAGUAAAUACGGUAUGAUCUAGACUUUGCAUUCCUUUAUCUACUGAAUUUGCUAAGAAACAGUCAAAUGGAGACGUGAACUUACCCCCCCCCCCGAAAUUUGCAUAAUUCUUCAAAUCAUACUCAGCUUCAUCAAAUAAUUGCUAAAUAACCAAAGGAAUAUCAAAAAUGACGCUGAGUGGUGGGUAUAUACUGGAAGUAGUAUAAUAGAAUGUUCUAAGGCAAAUAACGACAAAUAAUCUGUGUAUUGUUUAUAGGUUGAUGUUUAUACCUUUGGUGUGCUUCUUUGUGAAAUGUGCAUCCGCGAACUUCCAGAUCCGAGAAGACGUGAACAGCAAGUUCUAAUGAUGACGAAUCGCGCCCUAAGAGGCCUGGUACGGCGAUGCCUGCAGACAGAUCCUGGAGCGAGACCAACCAUGCAGGAGAUAAUCGAUGAAUUAUCGAGAGCUGUGUAA